AUGUUUUUAUUUAUUUUUUAUAGAACAGGACCUAAAGAACAACAAUCUGGAGAAACUGCUUUGGAAGGCCUUUUAAAUAUUUCUCUUCACGGAAUUGAUCCAGCACUUCGUUAUAGUAUUGAACACGCUCUCCAAGCCGUUGUUUGUCUUAAAAAAUUGGCUAGGGUUUGCUUUUUUAUUUUUUUUUAA